AUGCACUUCCUACUCUCGUUCCUCCUGACCACUCUGGCCAGCCUGGCGCUGGCACAGAGAGUGGUAGAUGGCCUCUCUUUCGGACACAAACAACCUCUGUCGUCCAAUUCGUUCUCAAUACCUGGCUGGUCCAUCUUAGGCGAAGGGCACGUGCCUCAAAUACUGUCAGAUAAGGUGGUGAUGACACCACCAGCUGGGGGAAACAAACGAGGAGCACUAUGGAGUGAAAGAAAGAACGUCUUGUCCGAAUGGGCUGUAGACUUCGAUUUUCGUGUUGGGGGUCAAGAUCGUGCAGGCGGGAAUAUGCAAUUAUGGUACGUAAGAGACGGAGCAAGCAAGGUUAGCACGGGCAGUCUGUAUACCACCAGCAAGUUUGAAGGCCUAGCUAUCGUGAUAGAUAGUGUUGGCGGAGUCCAAAAGAUACGGGGGUUCCUUAACGAUGGAAAUACCGACUACAAGAGCCACCACACAGUCGAGAGUCUAGCAUUCGGACACUGUGAUUAUACCUAUCGAAACCUGGGACGACCGUCCAAGCUACAAUUAAGGCUUGGCUCAAACGGUCUUUCUGUGACUAUUGACAACAACCCAUGCUUCUCCACGCCCAAGAUCACCUUGCCUACAGACUACAACUUUGGCAUCACAGCAGCAUCAUCUGAUCCACCAGACUCGUUCGAGAUCUACAAGUUUGCGGUCACCGAGUCAGCACCAUCGGUACCACCACGGCAAAACCCUGUGAGAUCACAACAACCCAUCGUUGAUGCCAGCGCCGGCACGGGGGCAUCAUUCAUAUCUUCCUCGGCACAGUUCGAAGAUCUCCAUAGUCGCAUCCAGGUGCUCUCCAAAUCGUUGGACAGCCUCUCUGCCGAUAUACAGACGACACGGCAGAAGCAAGAAGAGAUGUUACGAUUGCUUCAGUCGUCUAACGUGCAGGGCGCCAUCGAUUCGAAGCUAAACAACGUGGACAAGCUGAUCGGUGAGAUUCAUCGCGAAGUCAAAUCUACAGACCACAAAGAGAAUUACCAAAAGCUAAGCAAGCAGCUCGAGGAUACUCACCAAGGAGUAAUGGAGCACAUGCCAAACCAGAUUCGAGACUAUGUCCUGCAUCACACGCCUCGCAUUGGCUUCAUUGCCUUUUCUUUUAUGGCCUUUCAAAGUUGUUGCUUGGCUUUCCUGUUAUGGCAGAAGUAUCGCAAGAGCACGAUGCCAAAGAAGUUUCUUUGA